UCCAAAACAUGGUAAUGUUAACAGUGAUUUUAAGCGUUUUAAAAGUGAAAUAAUGGCAAAAGGAUUUAAAUAUGACGUGAUACAGCUAAUAGAAGGUGUUAGAAAUAAACCGUGUCUUUGGGAUAAAACUUUAGAGAAUUACAAAGAUAGAGUCGAAAGAAGAAAUGCUUGGGAAGAAAUUUUCAAUAAUCUAGAGGAGCGGUAUGAAGAAAUGGGUUGGGAUGAAAAACGAACGACAGGUGACCUCAUUCUAAACAAAUGGACGAACAUUCGAGACACGUUCAUUAAAACAUUGAAGACCAAAAUGGGGAGGCCCAAGAAGAAAUACUUACUGUACGACCAUCUCAAGUUCCUCAUCAAAGUGGUGCCCGAAGAAGAACGCAAUGAAGAAUACCCAAGUGAAGAACCAUCAUACUCUUAUAUGAAACAAGAGGUAGAACCAGAAGAAGGAACUAGCUACGGAACGAAGAGGAAAAAGAGAGACAAUGGCGACUACACUCCAAAGAAGAAAAGGGAUAAAGAAGUUACUGAUACAAGUUUUGAAGAACCCGACCACGAUGCUUACGAUACAAACGAUGCCAUAGACUUUGUGGAAGUGGAUUCUGACCCUCGGUUGAUGAAUGAAGACGAAGCAUUCUUCGCGUCGCUUUUACCGACCAUUGUGAAGUAUAGUGAAGAUGAAAGGUUAGAGUUUAGGAUUGAAGUGCUUGCCGUCAUGAAGAGGAUAAAAGAUAAGAGGAAUUGGUAGAUAGAUGUGUAUCGUGUGCUAUAUGAUUACAAUGAAAGCAGGAAAGAAAUAUAGUACAUCGCCCAGAGCGAAAGAGAUGAGUGAUAUGUCUUUCGCACCAUUAGUGAACAGCUUGGUAUAAAAGAGACGCGAGACAUAUUGAAGCGAAACCGCGCACAUUUUUUUCUUUACAAAGUCUUGUUUACUGAUUGUGUGGUAAAUGUCAUUUGACCUAAAAAUAUUAUGUAAUCAGACUGAUAAAUAAAAAAAGUACUUAUCUAAACCCCAAACGUUUAUAAUAUUUGUAAAUUGCAUUAUAUAGAUUUUUCGUGAUCUAUGUAUCUUUAGCUAGCUGAUCCAAACUUGUGGUUUUGGUUUUUAACUAUGACCUUUGUUCUUCUGACUGAACGUCAAAGACCGACCUCAACCCUGGUGUUAUAGUAAGAUUGUCCUAAGUAAAAUUUGUAUGUACCAGUUUUAUACAAAUGUAUAGGGACCGCCUAUUAAACACGUGAGGUUUUAAGGCAACUUUUUAAACCUUCUAAUCCUAAAUACAGAUACGUAAGUAUUAGGGUAAUUAAAUUCUGUAAAAUAAAUAUUUGUGAUUUUCUCUAAUUUCCCCUUUCGAAAAUUUCGUGAUUAAUGGACGACCUAAUGUAAAUGUAUGUAACAACUUAAGCAUGUGAUUAUAAGAGACAAAUAAAAACCGCGAAUCUUUAAUAGAUAAGUUUUAAUGAUCAUUUUUUCUGUAGCACUUUAAAAAAUAAUGUUUACAGAAUCACAAAAACACUUCGGGUGAAUUAGAAAAAAAAUGAUGAAACCUCCUAACAUUAAUUAUUAGUUUUUACAGCUAAUAAAUUUAAACAUCUAAGUGAAAAUAUAACAAAAAAGAACGCGUCUGCAAUACUGUAUGUUUGACAUUUAAUAUCGAAGGUACACUUACCUACAAUAUUUCGAACAAUAACAACAUGAUGGAUUAUAUAAAAACGUUUUGAACCUUACGUUUACAAAUGGCAGAAAACCAUUAGCCACGAGAAAAAAAUACAGAUUUCGAAAAA